UUAAUAACAUACGACUCAAAAAGGCUACACUAUCAUACUUCUCGCACUAGCCUACAGGUUUUCUUAUUUGUUGUUUCCGUCGCACAAUUGCUAAGUCGAAAAUCUGUGUGGCUGGUAAACACAGCUUUUCGUUCUAGUAAAAUAAAACGAACCCAGUCAUUAGUAAUAGUUUAAAAUACAAGCGUAAUCAUUCCGUAGCAUUUAGAAUAAUUCAGUCGAGUUGUUGUUGCCGCCAUCGACUCUCGCAAAAUGCCCGCAGUGCGCAAAUAUCGUCGCGAAACAAGUGAAAUCAGUUGCUGCCUCAAAUAUUUGCUCUUCACCAGCAAUGUACUUAUUUGGCUGACAGCGCUUCUUGUGCUCGCCAUUGGCAUUUGGGCCUGGAUGGAAAAGGAUAUGUUCCGGAACAUCAGCAAGCUCACGUUUAUCGCACUGGAUCCCGCUUUUGUGCUCAUCAUAUUGGGCACCAUCACCUUUAUGCUGGGCUUUAUGGGCAGCGUGGGUGCACUGCGCGAAAAUACCUGCCUCUUGGGCGCCUAUGCCAUAUUCUUAAGCGUGCUGCUACUGAGUGAGAUUGGCUUUUGCGGGCUGGCGUUUGUGCUCAAGGACAAAGGCUGGAUUAAAGAUCAGGCCACCGAGGGCCUGAGAGCUUUCAUCAAACACUACCGCGAGGAUCCCGAUCAGCAGAAUCUUAUAGAUUGGAUACAGGAGGAUUGGCUGCAGUGUUGCGGCAUUGAUGGGCCCAAGGAUUGGGAUAGCAAUAACUAUUUCAAUUGCUCCUCGAUCGCAAUCGGCAGCCGCGAGGCGUGUGGUGUGCCCUUCUCCUGCUGUCGCCGGCGACCGCAGGAGGUUAUCAAGAACAAGCAAUGCGGCUACGAUGUGCGCAAGGAGGGCUAUGGCAUGGAGCUGUCCAAGAUUAUUUAUGAAAAAGGCUGCGUCCAGGCUGGCGAAGAAUGGAUUGAGCAUAAUUUAAUUAUCAUUUCCACGGCAGCUAUCGGUGUUAUGUUUUUCCAGAUUCUGGGCAUUUGUUUUGCGCAAAACCUACGCGCCGAUAUCUAUACACAAAAAUCCAAAUGGCACUGACAAAUGGCGCACGCUGCCCCCACAGCACUCUAGACAGACAAAGUAUUUUUUACUGGAUAAUCUCCAUUUGCCAAUGAACACAAUAUUUCAAGAACUUAAGAAAAGCAAAAGCACAAGGAAAAACUUAAAUUUUGCAAAAGCAAAUUUAAAUUUAAUAAACAUUAAAAAAAGUCGAGAAAUUUCUCAAGUUUUGUAAACGCUACCGAAUACCGUAAGAGUCAAUUGAUAACGAGCUAAAUUACGAUUAACAAAAUGCCAGUCAGUGAAAGAAAUUAAGGAAAAUGUAAUUAAUUAAGCAAUGUUUAUUAUAAUAAUAACAGCUAAGAUUAGCAAAUAUUAUAUAUACUAUAAAAGGCUUGACAAGGUUGUUGUGGUCAAUCAAUAACUGCUUCUAAUAAAACAAAUAAAGAAACGCUUGUAAAUUAUAAUAAAAAAUACAACGUCUGGAGUCUACUUUUGCGCCUCACUGGACUCACCGUCCAGCUGAGCAACUGCAUCGAACUGCACGGCCGGCAGCUCCGCACCGUUGACGGUUUUAUUGCAACGUUGAUACUCGAGCAGCACCAAAGAGUUUUGGCCCACUUUCAGCAGCUCGUUGGGCACGUAGAGCGUUAUCUGUGGCCCGGCCAGUGGCCAGUAGCGUCCCAAAUUGAAGCCGUUCACAUAGGCCACACCCUUGCCCCAGCCAGCGACAUUCAGAUAGGUGUCGCCCACCUCGGAUACCUGAAAGCUGCCCGUAUAGAGAAUGGGUCCAGAGCGUAGCAAACGCUGCUGGGCAAUGGUCGGCUCCAGGGCAGCGUUCAUCUCUGUUUGCUUCUGGCGCCAUGCCUCUACGGUGUACGCCUCCAGUGGAUAGCCAGUGGUUGUCCAGUUGUCCAGCGGCAGAGCACCGCCAUUGUGCAGCUGCAGCGUUA